CACACAAAAAUGUUGUAUUCCUAUGUCGACCACGUGGCUAAAAAGAGUCUAAACCAGCUAGCUAGCUAGCUGUGCAAGUACGUGUUGCUAGCUAUUUUCAUUGCAAUGGGAAGAUUUGGCCUGGAUAAGAAAGCACUGUUUUGCUUGUGUGCUGUACUUGGUUUAGGCAUCUUGUUGAUGUACGUGUCUCUGUUUCUGGAGAGGGAGCGAGACGAUAAUAUGAAGGCUUCUUUAAAGUUGCCUCAAGUGUUGAGACGUUCCUAUGUGCACCUCAGCCAGAGCAAAGAGAUCAUUAUGAACAAGAUUGCUCUCAUCAGGGCCGAGGGAAAACAAAAACUCAUUGUGGUCAGUGAUUUUGACUUGACACUAACCAAGUACCGCGUCAAAGGUCAACUGGGAAUGACUUCAUAUCGUGUUGUGGAUACUUCACUACAAAUGUCCGAGGCUUAUCGUCAAGAGGCACUGUCACUGAGGGAUCUCUACGCUCCCAUUGAGCAUAACCAAGAUCUUUCACUCCAAGAAAGAGCUCAAGCUAUGGAAGACUGGACUACAGGUGCCAAUGACUUGCUUGUCAAACAUCAGCUGAGGAGAGAUGAUAUUCCAAACAUUGUGGCUAAAGCUAACGUAGAGCUGAGACCUCACUACCACCUCUUCUCAGAGCUCCUCUCUGCUGAGAAUAUUCCACUGCUAAUAUUUUCUGCUGGUCUGUGGGACUCUGUCUCAGAGAUACUGGAGCAGCAACAAGGGCCCCUAGGGGACAAUGCACACAUUGUGUCUAAUAGACUUGUGUUCAAUAAGGCUGGAGUUGCAGUCGAUUAUCAAAGGCCCGUGAUACACAGUUAUAGGAAAGGAACGAUUCCUGAUCGUUUUAUGGACGUGAAGAACUCUAUACAGGGUAGGUACAACGUGGUGUUGCUAGGAGACACUCUCUCGGACACUAAGAUGACUGCUGGACUGGAGAGAGUAGAUCAUGUGAUCAAGAUUGGAUUCCUAAACUCUAAUGAGAAAGAGUUGAUGUCCAAAUAUAAGGAACGUUUCGAUAUUGUUCUGACAGGAGACCCUGACUUGAGCACACCUCUGUGUGUACUCAAAACUAUACUAGAGUAGGAAUAUUUCGUCCUUUUAUUUUAUAAUUACAAAAAUGUAUUAUCAGAACUUCCAUGUUACUGUAUUCAAAUCAUGCCCCUCACUGCUUCCCCAUGCCAUCAAUGACAUUAUUAACAAUUGUAGUGAG